CCACACCAAAGCUUCACCAGCGGCUUUCUCUCUCUCAGCUUUGGGCCACGCGAGCUGGCAUUUUGACCUCAACACUUACGGUUUAGCUAGUCGCUGCUACAAUGCUCAAGUCUACCUACGCCCCUCCGCCGCCUCUCCCCCCGGGGUGGUCGGAGCACCGGGCGCCUUCAGGUCAUUUAUACUACUAUAAUGCUGCAACAAAACAAUCCACAUACAAGAGACCACAAGCGCAAGAUUCUCAACCUGCGCAACCUGCGCCUCCUGCGCAAACCGCGGUAGAACCCUCGCAAUCACUCCCAUUUUAUUCGCCUGAAACAUUACCACCAUUCUCGUCGACGCCAUAUGGACCGGCUAGUUAUGCCCCGGACGCCGCGCAAUAUGGACAACACCAACACCAACAACAAGGGCAGGGUCGUGGCGGCUUCCGCGGGGGAAGAGGCUAUCAUGACCGCGGACGGCGGGAGCCCCAAGAUAGGCCGAAGUCUAAGCAUUUGAUACCGCAUUGUGCGCCUUGGGUUUUGGUGAAAACCAAACUCGGCAGGCGAUUUGUGCAUAAUCCGGAAACAAAUGAGAGUUUUUGGAAAAUUCCAGAAGAUGUUCUCAAAGGCGUGGUUGAAUAUGAUCGCCUCGAGCGCGAGAAGAAGGAGAGAAGAGAGCGCGGCGAGAAGUCAGAGGAGCCCGAGGAACACCAGACAAGUAUUGCAGGAGCGCCGACUGCAUCUCGACCAGAACGUGGGGAUGCGGCGCACGAAGAGCCCUAUGCAGGCGCAGAAGAUAGCGAUGAGUACGAAGAGGUUGAAGUUACGGACGACGAAGAUGAAGAGGAGGACGAGGGCCAAUUGUCGAAGCGGGCACGCACGGAAAGCCCUGGAAUACGGGACCAGCCGUUGGAAUUCACCGAAGAGGAUAUGGAAUUCCAGCUUGCGGCCAUGGGAGAAGACUAUGGUCUAGAGCCAGGCGAGUACGGCGAGCCCGGGGAGGACUGGGAGGAGGGCGCGGAAGGGCUUCCAUUGACAGCUGCCGAUGCCGAGGCACUAUUCCGUGAUUUGCUCGAUGACUAUCAUAUCAAUCCCUUCUCAACGUGGGAGAAGAUUCUUGAAGAAGGCCGCAUCAUCGACGACUCAAGAUAUACCGCUCCUUCGAACAUGAAAACCCGCCGUGAGAUUUUCUCUAAUUGGAGCAGAGACCGCAUCAAGGACGUCCAAGCACAGAAAGAAAAGCAGGAGAAGCAGGAUCCUCGUAUUAAAUACUUGGCCUUCCUCCAGGAAUAUGCAACGCCCAAGCUGUACUGGCCCGAGUUUAAGCGAAAAUAUCGAAAAGAGGCAGAGAUGAAGGACUCGCAACUGUCGGACAAAGAACGGGAAAAGCUCUACCGUGAAUAUAUUUCCAAGCUCAAGCUCCCUGAAAGCACCCGCAAAUCGGAUCUUUCAACCCUUCUCAAGUCGGCUCCAUUGCACGCAUUAAAUCGCUCCUCGAAUGUUGAGGCUUUGCCAGCCACGAUCAUUACCGAUAUUCGAUAUAUCUCCCUUCCAACACAGGUCCGAAAUCCUUUGAUUGAGGCCUUCAUAUCUACCCUACCGCCUCCACCCCAGGAGCAGAUGACUGCAGAGCAGCAAGAAGAGCAUGGCCGAAAGCAGCGAGAACGGGAGAAACGCGAAAAGGCUCUUGCAGAGCGAGAAAGACGGGUUGAGGAAGACAAGCGGAGACAGCGCAGCGACCUUAUCCGGGGCAAGCAUCUACUACGAGAAGGCGAAGCCGAGAUUGCGGAGGCAAUGAGGGUCCGAAAAGAUGGCCUGCGUGGUUACAUGGAAGUUGAUGAGCUCCCAGCCAAGAAGUAGGAGAAACCAAGCAACGACUGAAAAAUGCGGGGUUUGGUACCUAUCGUAUCACGAUAUAGUACGUUCAUAGUUUCUUACCUCGAGGGACUUUCAAUGAAAACAAGCUCUGUGAUUUGCAACUUCUCUGAUGGUAUUCAAUUUAGGAGGGUAUCACUGUAUAUUAAAGGAUUCUAUAUCAUUUCAUGUAGAAACCGUCAUUUUUCAUGGUACAAUAGAAAUCAUUUAAACCGCCAAUCAUCCCAGCCGUCAUCUUCUUCGUCCUCACUUUCACUCUCAGGUACGCGUUGCUCGUCGGCCAUGGGGAUAUCCCGGGCUUGGUCCUCAGCGCGCUUUUGCCGUAGUUCCUCACGCAUAUGCUUCAGUCUCCGUACCCGUUCCUCAAGCUGAUCCAUUUCAUCAAACUCUUCCUCCAUAAAUCGUGCAGCGUCUUCUCGUUCGCCCUCCAACUCAGCCUCACGGGAUUUUGCUGCCGAGGCCUUGUCGCUUUCUUGUUGUGCGGCCAAUUCUUCGGCCGUCACCGGAGCGGCAGAUAUCGUGGCUUCUGCUGAGAUUGCAGCCAGACCAUGUGGUGUUCUGGUUGGAGCGGCGACUUCGCGUUCGAACGCGGCCCACUCGUCCUCAUCCACGGUCUGUGAUGUCUGCUGGCGCGUAGCGGGUAUAGAUACGGGCUUUGAUGCUUGUGUCGAUGUAGUCAUUUCCUGUGCUUCCUCGGCAGGAAGUUCAGGACCGUCAACUUCGUCUUCUUCGACAACUUCCAAGACCUCAUCCUCAGCUGUGUCCUCCGUGUCAUGCACCUGGGAAACUUGGGCGUUCGCCGCGGCCUGAACAGCCUCAAGAUCUGUUGAUCGCAGCUUCUUCCUCAUCACCCCGUCGCCGUUGUCGACCUUGCGCUUCUUGCUGACGCGGUUGCCGGUAGUAUUUGGUUGUGACGCGCCCUUGCGCGAUGCUAGUUCAUUCCGGAGGAGCGAUCGCACGUCCGCCAUAGUUUCGAGAGGCUAAAUGUAGCCCGGCCGAUAUUUUCAGAACGUGUUCAGAAGAAACGAGGUGGGUCAAGAAAGAAAAACGAGAUUGCGAUCACGGCCAGUUUCAAGUUAAUUCGAAAGUGGAUUUUGCCUUCAGGUGGGGAACCUGGAGAAGCUC